UCGCUCUGCUACAAGCUGGCUCCCUCCGCUCUGGGAGUGUUUCGCAUUUAAACAAACACGGUCCUGCCGAAGAUGGCGGAGAGUUUGUAGAGGCGAAAAAGAAACUGCUGUACUCAAUGAAAGCGUCGAAGCCGGAGAUGUUGAGACAUUGAGGCGACACUAGAACCUGGAUGGAGCUUGACUGGGGUUUGUACUGGUCAAGGUGCUGAUGUGCGCUGAAGAUGAGUGGCGUAGGAGACAACACGUUGGAGCCACUGUGCUCCAACCGCAAACGUAAACUGUCCACCUGUGACACACCGGGCUUAGGGUGUGACAAGCGUAGAAGGGAACAGGAGAGCAAGUACAUCGAGGAGCUGGCUGAGCUCAUCUCUGCCAACCUCUCCAACAUCGACAGUUUCAACGUCAAGCCUGACAAAUGUGCCAUCCUCAAGGAGACUGUGAGGCAGAUCAGACAAAUCAAAGAGCAAGGAAAGAACUCUUGCAGUGAUGACGAUGUCCAGAAGGCGGAUGUAUCCUCCACUGGUCAAGGAGUCAUUGACAAGGACCAUCUGGGGCCGCUGCUCCUACAGGCCUUGGAUGGCUUUCUGUUUGUGGUUAACCGAGAGGGCAGCAUAGUAUUUGUGUCAGACAACGUGACGCAGUACCUGCAGUACAAGCAGGAGGAGCUGAUCAACACCAGUGUGUACAACAUCAUCCAUGAUGAGGACAGAGAGGAGUUUCACAAGAAUCUGCCUAAGUCAAAUGCACCAAAUGGGGCAUCGUGGGGUGGAGAGGCACCCCGGCAGAAGAGCCACACCUUCAACUGUCGUAUGCUGGUGAACUUUGGUCAUGGGUUGUCAGAAGAGAGGUCGGGGGCCCAACGCUAUGAGAACAUGCAGUGUUUUGCCCUCACUCAGCCCCGGGCCAUGAUGGAGGAGGGAGACGAUUUACAGUCCUGUAUGAUCUGUGUGGCACGACGCAUCAUUGCAGUAGAGAGGACAGAGAGGUUUAGCACGCGCCAUGAACUGUCUGGUAAACUAAUUGAAAUUGAACAGCAAAGCUCUCUUCAUACCACUAUGCGUCCAGGCUGGGAGGACCUGGUGAGGCGCUGCAUGCAGAUGUUCCUCAAUCGAAGUGAGGGACAACCGUGGUCCUACAAACGCCACUAUCAAGAUGCUUUCCAUAAUGGCCAUGCGGAGACCCCACUCUACCGCUUCUCGCUCUCUGAUGGCACCCCAGUCACAGCCCAGACCAGGAGUGACCUCUGCAGGAAUCCCAACACCAAUGAGCCACACUCUUUCCUCUCCACACACUUGCUACAAAGGGAGCAGAAUGGUUAUCGUGGAAACCAGAGUGGAGGCAUGAGGCCUCAAAACAUGGGUGGGAACAAUCCCAACCAGCAGAUGAACAUGGGCCCAGGAGGUGGCAUGGGCAUGAACAGGGGCUACGGCAUGGCUGAACAGGGCAACAUGUCACAAAGAGGAGUGCCUCCAUACACUGGGGGCAACCGCAUGAAUCCCAUGAACCAGAUGAAUCCAAUUAAUCAGAUGAAUCCCGUGCAUCAGAUGAAUCAAAUGAAUCCCGUGCAUCAAAUGAAUUCCGUGCAUCAGAUGAAUCAAAUGACUCCCAUGCAUCAGAUGAACAACAUGAGUCAAAUGAAUCCCAUGCAUCCAAUGAACUCCCCCAUGAACUCAAUGAACCAAAUGGGGCCCAUGAAUCAGAUGGGCCACCAUACCAUGCAGCAGCACCAACAUCAGCAGAUGGGUCAGUUCCAUGGGGGUGGAGGGUACGGGAUGGGAAUGACCAGUCCCCCCCAGGCCAGUCCAGGGAUUAAUGGCCCCCCCCACAACGUCAUGGGUUCACCCAGAGUCCGAGGAAGCCCCAAGAUGGGUACCAGCCCCUUCUCUCCCGGAGGUAUGAACUCUCCCAUGAGCUCCAGUCACCCUGGUAACUCCGGAGGUGGAGGAGGAGGCACGACCUUCUCCAGCAGCUCCUUGAAUGCCCUCCAAGCCAUUAGUGAGGGAGUAGGCAAUCCGAUGCCCUCCCCCCUCACCUCUCCUCCCCCUCACAAGCCUGACAGCUCCCCUAGCAUAAACUCUACCAACCAGGCAGCAGGGGGAUCCUGUAAACCAGGCCUUCCAGCCUACUCUGACUCCAAGAGCCCAGGCAGCUCACUCGUGGCUGGAGGAGAGCAGCAGUCUCAGCAGCACCCACACACCCCCACCAGCGAGGGCCUCCCUGACAAGCCAGACAGUCAGGCCAGCAGAGAGGCAGGGGGAGAAUCCAGCCGACGUGUUCCUGACAGCAAGUCCCACAAGAAGCUUCUGCAGCUCCUCACCUCUCCUACAGAUGAGCUGGUGCCACCUAAUCACACACCAAGCUCUGGCUCCCCACAUGAGGCUAAAGACGGAACAGCCGGCGUCACCAGCCCCUCGUCCUCAACUGGUGUGUCCUCCUCUACGGGCGGGAAUCACGGUGCUGUGUCCUCCUCUGGUGGCACAGGACAUUUAACAAGUCAGUCACUGCAGGAGAAGCACAAGAUCCUCCACAAGCUCCUGCAGAAUGGGAACACUCCUGACGAGGUGGCUCGCAUCACUGCCGAGGCCACUGGGAAGAGCGGCAUGGAUCCAGGGGCACCGGAGCCUGGGCCUGCGGCCCCUGGAGGGGUUAGGGGAUCAGAAUCUAAGCAGGAGCAGCACAGCCCUAAGAAGGAGAAGCCCCAUGCCCUCCUUCAUUACCUCCUCAAUAAGGACGACUCUAAAGAAGGUGGUGAUAUCAAGCCAAAGCUGGAGGAGCUGGAGGGAAGAGGAGCUCAGGGUGCAGGGGUCACCAGCUCUGACCCCCACUGUGUAGAUGGAAAGGUCAAGUUGGAGCCAUCUGAUGAGACGGAGACCCUGGAGACCAUUCUCGGUGUCCCAAGGAACAACCCUGGUUUCUACCCUGAACCAGACUCCAGAGCAGGGAAAGAAGUGGGAAACAAACAGGGAAAUAUGCCUGACAGUUUACAUGAUGGAGAGAGAGUCCCGAUGCCUCCAGGUCAGCGUGGUGCCUAUCAAAGAGCCUUGUCCGUGGAUGCCAAGCACAUGGGUGGAGAGGGAGCUGUAGGAGGCGGGCUGGCUGGGAGAAGGAACGUCCCCUGUCCCACAUUGAUCAAACAGGAGAACAUAGAUGCUCCGAUCCGACCAGGGGCCGUUCCCAAUGGCUUUCCAGGAGGCAUGGGUGUGUGUCCACCAAGGGGCAAUCCAACAAGAGGUAUGGGCAGAGGAAUGGGAAUGCCCCAGCGCCCUCAGAUUUCAGGACAAGGGGACUGGGGAAUGCCAAGGUCUAGUGGCAGCCCUGUGGCCGGACCAGGACACGUUGGCAUGGGUCGAUCUGGUCCAAUGGGAGGACCCAUGAUCAAUCGCUCCAACAGUGUACCCGGACACACCAGGUCUAUGCUGCAGCAGCAACUCAUGGAUAUGGGUACCAAUGAAGCCAAUUUGGGUAUAAGCCGGUUUGGUGGACAUGGGCCCCCACCGCAGUCCCCCUCCUGGACCGAGUCUGCCAUGGGAAUGGACAGACCAAAGAGUAACACAAAGAGGGACCAGUUUGGGCACCCCCUGGAUGAGCUGCUGGGGCCCCUGGCCAACAGCGAGGGUCCAAGUGAAGAACGGGCACUUCUGGACCAGCUGGACUCUCUGCUCAAUACAGCUGAUGUCAUUGCUUUGCAGGAGAUAGACCGAGCCCUUGGCAUCCCUGAAAUUGUAGGCCAGACCAAGGGUCCUGAAGGCAACCAGCAGGGCCAGGAUCAAGGCCAGGGUCAGUGCCCGCCAUCAGAGCCUUUCUCAGUCCCAGACUCCAUAGACCAAAAACCCAUGUAUAACCAAGGCUACCCAGGGCCCCCCUCCAUGGGCAUGCAGCCCGGUUAUAGUGGCAACACAAUGCAAGGCCAGUCCCCUGGAGGCUUCAACCCCAUGAUGAAUCAAAUGGGCCAGACAGGUGGAUUCCCUGGAAUGGCAGGCAUGGGCAACCCCCGAGCAAACAUGAUGCGACCUCGCAUGAUGACUGCAACCAAACCUCUCCGACUGCAGCUACAGCAGAGACUGCAAGGACAGCAGUUUAUGAACCAGACCCGGCAAGGCAUAAAGAUGGAGCAUACCCCUGGAGGAAACCCUGGCAUGCAUCCAGGCAUGCAGCCUGGCAUGCAGCCUGGCAUGCAGCCUGGCAUGCAGCCUGGCAUGCAGCCUGGCAUGCAGCCUGGCAUGCAGCCUGGCAUGCAACCAGGAAUGCAACCAGGAAUGCAACCAGGAAUGCAGCCCGGCAUGCAGCCCGGCAUGCAGCCCGGCAUGCAGCCCGGCAUGCAGCCCGGCAUGCAGCCCGGCAUGCAGCCCGGCAUGCAACCCGGCAUGCAACCUGGCAUGCAACCCGGCAUGCAGCCCGGCAUGCAGCCCGGCAUGCAGCCUGGCAUGCAGCCCGGAGGCAUGGGUGGUCAGCCUGGUUUCCUGAACGCUCAGAUGAUGGCUCAGCGCAGCAGGGAGAUGAUGACCAUGCAGAUCAGGAGGCAGCGGAUGAUGAUGCUGAUGCAGCAGCAGCAACAGCAGCAGGGGCAAGGGGCAGCUCGAGGUUUCAGCCCUCCUCCAAAUGUCACUGCACCAGGAGGUAUGGACAGCCCCAUGGGAGCCACCCCCAUUAACCAGCCUGGACAGCAGGGUUUCAACUAUGGAGGUAACUAUGGGAUGAACCAGCAGGGGGACCCGUCAUUCAUGGCUCCAGGUAGCAGCCCACCAGGAAACAUGAUACAAGGACGAAUAGGAGGUCCUUCUCAGAACACAAUGAUGCCAGGGAUGCAGGGCAAUCCGCAGGGAGGGCCCAUUUACCCAUCUGGAGACAUGAAAGGCUGGCCACAGGGGGGCAUGCCACGCAACAACUCAUAUCCCCAGCAACAGUUCCCCCAGCAGGGUAACCAGGGCCAGUUUGGACCCAUGAUGAUGAACAACUCUAUGGGUGGACCCGGGCCAGUGAGCGGGUCUGGUGCAGGGCAGAUGGGCCAAAUGCCAGGACAGAGGCAGAACCAGAUGCAGGGCCAGAUGCAGGGCCAGAUGCAGAGCCAAAUGGGCAUGAAACCCAUGGGAAUGGGUAGAAUGCCAAUGGGACCUGAUCAGAAGUAUUGCUGAAGACAUGUGACUGAAAGCAGAAUCUGGAGCCUUUCAGAGUGGUCUUAGCCCUGAAAAGAGCUGGACCUACACAAACACACACAUAGGAGUUCUCCAGCAUAAAACGUGACACAGGAGACUCAGCACAACACACUGCUCAUCCUGGAGGAAGUGGGGCUACUUGGACAAACGUGUGCUAGGCUUCAUCCCAAACUGAAGCAUUACAUACUGUAACCCUAUUAAGGUGAUGCACAAACACAAAAUAUCAGUGUGUUUUCACGUGAACAACCUGGAGCUGUCGCACAGUAUUCAGUGUCACGGCCAGGCUGCAGAACGGGACUACGGUACAACUGGCAGUGGCUGCACUUUACCUGGAGGCUUCUGUGUGGAGUAAAGAUUGAUGCAAUAUUUCGUCAUCCUUUCAGCCUUACUAGAGAUUCAAUGCCUUCACAACAAUGGGUUUCUUUUUUUCUUUCUUAUCCUUUGGAUGCGCCUCAUUCUUAAAGUCAUUGGAAGCUAUGAGCACACAGUUUACUAUGUUAUGCAGAUCGGAGCAAUAACUCUUGCCUCUAUGCUUUAGACUGUAACUGAGCAUCAUAUAACCCCUGUUAUAAGCAAACACAUGGUACUGCAGUAUUAGAUGUUUCAAAUGUCCUCUGUGAAUAUGAACUGUAAAUAUUCUCCAAAAUAUAUCAGACAUGCUUUUUAAAGACCCAUUAUUGCACAAAGUAUGAGACCUGGUUGUAUUUUUGUGUCCCAUAGGUCAAUACUGAUUUGGUUGAUGUGCUUUUCUCAUGCCUUUGCAAAUACUGCAGGCGUGUUUCGGUUUUCCUUCCCUUCUUGUUUGUCCUUUUCUGAAUGCUGUAUUAUUUUAAGUUUCCAAAAAGUCAUGUAUUUCAUGUUUUAGCGAGGCACUUUUACUUCUGAUGAUUAUCUGAUGAGUUGGAGGUGUGAGCUUUCACACUGUCAGAGGUUUUAUUAGAAGGUGGAAUUCUAUCAGGACAGUCAAUUACAUAAAAUGAUUUUGUUGAGUUCUGUGUGAGGUGAUCUGUGUGGGUUUUGUCUGCAGUACAGUGAAGACAGGAACACACGCUCCUCAGUCUACCAACAAGCCCCUGGCAAUGUUUUCCCUCUCCCACCAGCUCUAUCUGUCAAGUGUAUUUUUAUUCACACUGUCUUCUUUUGACUGUUAUUCUCAACUUGCUGAAUCUACCUUUUCAACAUGCGCAAUCCAAAGAUAUUUUUCCACAUCUCUGUAUAGUUCUGAGUUCUGGUGUACAUAUUUUAUGAUAUGUGUUAAAUGGUAAAUGGGUACAUAUGGAUCUGUAAAAGCAUAUGAUGGUUAUGUACUGUAAGCAUAAAGGGCAUGGGGUUAAGUGGUUCAACAAUGGGAAGCUACCAGUGCAGUGUGAAGAGGACUGGAAACUCUCAACCCCACAGCAGAAAGUUUUUACAUCUGGAAAAAAUAAAUGAAGCAUGUUUUGCUGUGAAAGAGAAAUCCCAAUGGAAUGACAUCCACUCUAAGACAUAUCAAUAUCUCUUCUAUUUUUCAGGAAACAGCUUCAUUUUAUGUACAGAUUUUGUUACUUCAGGAAAAAGGAACUUUGUAGAGUUUGAAGGAAGUGCAGAAAGAGGCAAGAUAUUGUUGGGUUUGUUUUUCUUUGUUUAGAGCUAAAAUAAGCUGUCAUUUUACAGGAUGUAUAUUACAGAUUUUUUUUCUGUUGAUGUUGAUAUUGAUGUAAAUACAAAUUUCUAUUUAAACA